GGAAGUGAGCGGCGGAGAGUCAGGAAGACACUCGGUUGGACACAUAGCUGGUCUUUCUGUGUCCUGUCGGUCCUGUCUCUAAAGGGGGGCAGACGUCUUUCGCCGCGGAGCCCCGUGAGGAAACCUGCGCAGCGGACACGCAGAUGGAGGCAACAGAUAUAGAAGAGCACGGUGAAGAUGCUGAUUUUGAGGCGCCUCCCAAUGGCGGCAUGAAUGAACUGCUGCAUGUGGGACAAGAAGAAAACAUUCAGGGCCAGAUGGAGGAGUUUUUGGGUCCGCAUUCAGAGUACAAUGAGGAGGAGGAGGAGAAGAAAUACUACAGGAGGAAGAGGCUGGGAGUCAUCAAGAAUGUUGUCGCUGCCAGUGUCGGAGCCAUGAUCGUGUACAGUGUAUAUAUGGGCCUUCUGCAAAUGCAACUGAUCCUUCAUUAUGAUAUGACGUACCGUGAGGUGAAGUACAGCAACCUUGGCCUUGAAGAUAUCGACCGGAAGAUGUUGAUGGGCAUUAAUGUCACACCUAUUAUAGGCCUGCUGUACACCCCUGUUCUCAUCAGAUUUCUAGGCACUAAGUGGAUGAUGUUCCUGGCUUCAGGAAUCUAUGCACUCUUCGUCUCGACCAAUUACUGGGAGCGUUACUACACCUUGGUCCCAUCAGCCGUGGCCAUCGGCGUGGUCAUUGUGCCACUGUGGGCCUCCUUGGGAAACUACAUUACAAGGAUGGCGCAGCAGUACUACGAGUACGUCAACUACAAGGAAGAGCACGUGCAGGAGCAGAAAAAGCUUCCAAAAGGAGCGUGCCACCGCUACAUCAUCGUCUUCCAGUCAGUUUUCCACAUCAUCUUCUUCCUGAGUUUUGUCUUCGCGGAGUUCCCCAUGCGUCUUGUCCUCAACGGCCACCUGCAUAAAACCAAGCACAUUCUCUUCAAUGUCAAAGUCUGCGGUGCAGCAGUCAGUGGUCUGAUCCCGGGCUUUAACACCACGGUGCUGACCAAACUGCCCCGCUCCAUGCUGCUCAUCCAGGUGGAGAGUGUCCUCAUGGGCUUCGCCUUCCUGGCCAUGAUCGUCUUCCUUGUCCUGUGUGGCGCCGCCUACCGGCCAACAGAGGAGAUUGACCUCCGGAGCAUCGGUUGGGGAAACAUCUUCCAACUGCCUUUCAAACACCUGAGGGACUACCGCCUGCGGCUGCUCAGCCCCUUUUUCAUCUACAGCGGCUUUGAAGCGCUUUUUGCCGUCACCGGAUUCUCUCUGUCCUACGGUGUCUGCAUUUUGGGCCUGGAUAGGUUGUGGCUCCUCAUAGUCGUCUAUGGCCUCUCCUGCUCCGUCUUUUCCUUCCUUCCCCUCUGCAUCCUACGCCUCCCACGCUGGACGUGUCUGGCGAGCGGCGCCGCGGUGCACUUGGUGUUGCUGGUGGCUCUCCUUGCUUUCUCUCUACAACGUGACCGGGACCUCUCAUACGAACAGUAUCUGGGCCCCCUGCUAGUGAUCUCCGUGCUGUGGGGUCUCGGCACUGCCCUGAACAAGACGGGCCUCAGCACUGUGCUCGGAAUGCUGUAUGCUGAGGAAAAGGAACGUCUUGACUUUGUGUACACCAUCUAUCACUGGUGCCAGGCCAUCGCCAUCUUCAUAGUCUACCUCUGGUCCCACCUGCCAAUGAGGGCCAAACUCUCUAUCCUUCUGGCCACUUUACUGCUGGCCUGCUACUGCUAUUGGGUGAUGGAGCGUCGACUGGCCAGUGAUGUGCGCCCAAGACUGCCUCGCAUCCCUCGGCCACGGCACAAGGUCAAAGGGUACCGCUACCUGGAAGAAGACAACUCAGAUGAGUCAGACUCUGAGAGAAGUGACGAUGACGAAGAGCUGGACAAGGAGAACGAAGGGGAUGUGGUGGAAGAGAUGGGAGCAGAGGACCGGGAGGAAAGGGUCCAAGACGGAGGGGCCCAGGGAGAUGACUCACCCAGAGCCAGGAGGAGAGCGGCAGCGGGUCACGGCCACAAGCGCGAGGACGUGCACAUCAAGGAGGGAGAGAAGGAAGAGCGCUAGGGAGGGUGAGAGGAAAGAAAAAGCAGGAGAGAGGAGGCGAGAUGGUGGACGGAUGACAGAGGUACGCGAGGGGAAAAGAGUUCAAAGAUGCUCUGGAUGCUGUUGUGUUCAUGAUUCCAUUUAUAUUUUUAUACUAAGUGUUGUUCUUCAUUCUUCACUGAACAAAAUGUGUUUUAUAAAAUUAGCUUUCGUUCAGGUAUAACCACAGCAGUCCUUCAGAAGGCUCAGUCUCAAAGUGUUGCACACACUGGAUAUAACCAGUACGACUGAAUGCAACAACAAUACAUGUGAUUUUCUUUUGCCGCAGUUUGUGGCUCAUAUUUGCCAUAUAUACCCAUUAUUAUAUAAGGGAUUGUAAUUGCUUUUGUGCUUCAUUAUUUAACAAACUUUGUAAUAUAUUAACUGGUCCGAUUUCAAUGCGAGCACACAGCUGCAAAAGAAAUGAGGAAGUGUUUUUCUAAGUUUGGUUGCAGGUGCAAGUUAUAUUUGUUCCUCUGCCUUUGUUUACGUUCAAACCCUUCUUUCUGAAUUUAAUUGAAAAUGUGUUUAUUCCGAACAAGUGAAGAAAAAAACAACAAGGAAAAAACAACAAUGAGAAAAUGAUGAAACAAGUGGACAGACAUAGAAAAGUAAUAUUCACCAACAAUGAAAGCAUAAAGCAAAAGAAACUGUCCAACACUUGCUUUUUCAAAAGAAAAGUGGUGAGAAGAAGAAGAACUUAUCAACUUCUGUCAGAGGAAACAAGCUAACUCAGGAUCCCAUCAGAAGCUCCGACACACGUUAGUUUCCUUUCGUGCUGUCUGGGAGGAGUUAAAGUACGAUGGAGUUUUAGGGCCAUAUUGAGAGAAAAAAUUGGAGACUUUGAGAAUAAAGUCAUAAAUUUAUGAGAAUAAAGUCAAAAUAUUUUGAGAGUAAGAAUAAAGUCGUACAUAUGGUCUCUGUGUUAUUUUAGUGGAGAAAUGUCAGAAGAGCAGUGCCGUGCGUUAAAAUGAGCAACAUGGAGAAACUUUGUGAAGCUGUACUUCAGUUUAGGUUUCUCACAUAAGGAGAUAAUUCAUCUUUUGGCACAUCAGCACCACAUUACCAUCUGCAUCAGGACUUUGAAAAGGCUCACGCCUGAGUUGCUGUUUAUUUCCGUAAUAUAAUAUUAAAUAAAAUGUUGUUUUCUAGUAAAAUCACAACUUUAUUCUCGUAAAAUGAUGACGUUAUACCCAUGAUAUUUGGAAUUUUUCCUCAAUGUGGCCCCCUGUGGUCUAUUAUUUCUGGGUUUUUUUCUUUCUUUUUUUUCUUGGUGUUAUUACUAAUGUGAACUGUCUCAGUCAGACACACUUUACAACACAUUAGUCCCCAGCCAUGCCAACAGCUCUGCUUCAGAGAGGUGCUGUAAAUGCUAAUGCCAGAAUGCAAACGCGCUCACCGUGCCAAAGUUAACAGGCUUAGGUAACAGGGUGUUACCUUCAGGUUCUGUUGCAGACAUCAAAAAUAAUAAAUAUAAUAAUAUAAAAGCCCUGGUACGCAGCCGUUGUUAGGUGAAUGUUGUGGCUUGUUUCAUAUGUUUAGAUAAGGAUGGUAGUUAUUUAUAAUUUCAUUUUUUUGAAGAUCCGAUAUUGUUUGUAUUUUCAGUCCGUAGCGGAAAAAAACAUUUCCCAUAAGCCUUGACAGAAGAGUCCACGAGUGAGUCGAUGGGGUCCCGACUAAUUCAGAUGUGUCUGCAAUGACAGCAGGACAAUGUGUCCUGAACGCUGCAUGUGUUUGUAGACAGCAGAGGUCACGACCAUAGACUAUAAAAUAAUGGACAUAGGAAAAGUGAAGCAGAGGGCGACUCGACUAGUUGCAGAAAGAAGUCUUCAUACUUUCACUCUUGAUUUUAAGCGUCAGUAAAACAUUUUCGUGAGGAGUUUAUGGUUCAAGCGCAAGGUUCAAGUCUUCUUCAAUACAGCAAGAUGUUCAUUUAGUAAAUUAUGCUCCCAAGUAUAAAAUAGACAAUAAAGCACCGUAUGCAUUGAGGUGUGGAUACUGUAUGAUGAUGUAUUUUAUAUGACAGGUUGGAUGGUCGUCUCUCCAAGAAAGACGUGAUACUCACUGGUAUCUCUUCAUCUAUUGGGGGUGCUUGUUGGAAAACUUCCAUCUUACCUUACUUUGUCAUUCAGAGGGACUUUAUCAGACUCGCUGGGUCUGAACUUGGGAAAACUGCGCCUGACUCGUGGAACAAAAUACAACACUUUCUUAAAAUCAACUCACUUGUGCCUUUUGGACAUUUUAGAAAUCUGAUUUUGGACUGCCAAACUUCUACUUGUAAUUGCUUUACAUAGUUGUAUUUCUCUUGCACCCUGGUUGUCCCGAUCAAAUUGUUUUUCCAUUUCGGAAAGUUUUAGUGCCUUUCUAUGCUCUUAUGAUGGUGUUGCUUCCUUUUUGUUGUUUUCUUUGUCUUUGUAACUCGAUGUCAUUGUAAAUGAGGGCUGCCCCUCAAUGAUCUCUCGAGUAUAAAUAAAGGUUGACGGAAUGAGUUUGCUGAUUAGCACUUCACAGAGAGUACAGCCGAAGCUGAUGCCAUUUAUUUUGCAUAUAUUUAAUUUAAUUUAAUUUAUUGGGAUCUCCAUUAGCUGGGUCCAUACCCACAGCUAUUCUUCCUGGAGUCUGCUCAACACCCGUGCAUCUAGACAUUGCAGUGCUAUAACGACAUAAAACAACAAUCACAGUAAAAAACUCAACACAACGCAGGACCUAUUUUAUAUUAUUCACAGAAUGUAGGGAUAAACAUAUAUAGAUAAACACUACAUCGAACAUCAUUGGUCGGACCAAUCAUAAACAUAUGUCAACAUUAACAAAAACCCUUAAUGAGAUUAUAUAUUUUAAUGGGAGUGGCAGCACUGGCAGUUAAAUAUUAGCAAAUGCAGAGAGCUGCUCAGCUAGGAGAUGUUUUUUCAUUGAUAUUCUGAAUUGAUUUUUGUUACUUACUUGAAUGAUUUGUCCAGGCAUGGUGUUAGGUAGUGUGAAUCUGCCCUCCAGACAUUAAGAACCAGUUUGUUUUUUGUUACCCAUUACAACGCUGACUAGUAAGCCUUUCUUUCAGCUGUGGGCUCUGCCAUGUAUAUUGUUGAGUCAUCUGCAUACAUCGCUGUUUAUGCAAUUUUUUUUAAGGUGAAAUGUAUGAAUUCCACGACUUAAUGUUCAGAGAAACAUCCAUUAAAGUUCACUGUCUGUUUCCUAUUUGCUAAACAGCUUUCUGGCCAGAGCAUUGCAGUCGAAUUGAAACCAUAACUUUUCAGUUUUUGUAAUUACAAAUUGUGAUCAAUUAAAUCAAGUUCAACAGCA